UCUGUUUCAUGAGAGUCUCAAUAAAGACUAGGAAUGUAAAUAAAUAAAUAAAUUAUGAAGAUGCCGAUCGAUGAUCAAGAUGGCUGAAUUCCGCGGAUUGAAAUAUGAUAAAUUAUCGUAUUUCAGCACACUUUGCUUUAUAAUUUUGAUAAAUGCCUCAAUAACAUUCGAAGCUUUAAGCCCUAGUUAUGAAAACGUGACAGAAUCAAUUGAACCUGGUUAUUUAUUCGCCAAGUUUGCUUCGAAGUUAUCGGCACUCAAUUUCAGAGUCGCCCGUCGCAGCAACACCGAUGCACAGACGCAGACUGACGGGGGUCGUGGCCGUGCCCGUGGACCUGUGGCUGGGCAGUGCAAGAGCCAGCUGCGGGAAGACAUUGCAAGUGAGAUCGGACCCUGGACAAGUCGCACGCCAGACCCAGAGGACCGGGGACGCCGUGCCUUGAAACCAGGUAGGGCCUCUUCUGCUCAGCCUGCCAGCACAGUAGCGGUCAUCCCGUCUUCUGUCUUCAAUAAUUCCCAGUUCCGUCAAAUGAUCAGGUCGCAAUGCAGGAGUGAAUUUCCAAAUUGCUACAGAAACAAAGCCAGCGUACUCCAGAAGGUGGUUACAGACUAUGCAAACUUUGCGAAAGGAUGGCUGCCAAAUUGUAAUAUCACCCGAGAAUGCGCAAGCAUGGCAGAGCGAGGGAGAACAGAAAAGUGGUUGAAAUCAAGAUGGACGCGCAUAGCCACAAACCGAUCAGCGAAUCUGCCGGUCUGUUAUGAAAUGGAGGAUUUGGAAGAGUUAUCGCCAGAACGGGUGGAUGGAUGGUGGUUUGAUUUUUGCUGCUUUACUGGAGCUAUCUGCAAUCCAUUCACCCCAGCAGGAUGGGGCAAGCUUUUGGUUGGGGACCCUGAUUCUGCGCAUCAAGUGUCUCAGCAUCUGAGUAUCCUGCAUAACUCAACUUGCUCUCCAGAGGGCAGCAGACCGGUUGGAGAAGUGGGCCUGGGAAGCUGUGGUAUUGAUACCAUUGCUGCAUGGAAUGUGCUCAGUGGACCAAACCUUGCAGAGAUCCAGUCUGAGGCUGUGUCAUCUCUUGUUCAUUGUAGCCCAGAAAUGUGGAUAAAUCCAGUGAGAACCUUUGAGGCUCUGUUAAACAAGCUUACAGCAUCAGAAGUCAGGACUGUCCAUGCCAUGUUUGAUGCCCAUAUCAGUGCACAGAAAGGAUUGACCUCACCGCAGAUAAUGAACUCACAUUCCAGUUCUCCCAUUAUGAAGCGGCACGAGUUUGAGCUGACCCCGAGGGCGGUGUCCGGUAUCGUGGUGGUGAUCAUCCUCAUCUUCCUGAGCGUCUUGGUAGCAUCAUGGGCCAUCUACCAGAAGGUCCAGUCCUGGAGACAUCCCAGGAACCACAUCCAGUACGCUCCUAUCGUCAUGCAGGAUGAUUUCCUGGAUGUGGGCAGCCAGGAAGAGAUGGAGACCAUAGGUUCUUGGAGCAGGGUAGAGGACCUAGGACCUGACUCGGAUACAGAGGCGGGCCGCUGGGGUCGUGGAGAAGGUGGGACAGGGUAACGAUAAAUCCAUUUGGAUUGAUGUCAGUUUUUAUCCCUUUUUUUAAUCUUUUUUUUAAAAAGCAAUUUUGUACUUAUUUAUUCUAAAUUAACAUACUGCUGGGUCCUGUGGCAGAAGAGAUACCAUUUAUUGUUCAAUUAAGCAUAGUUUAGGUCUGUGACAAACUAUGUACAAAAAGUGACAAUUAGUUGUACAUGUAGCAUAUCUCUUAUGUUACUUACACCCACUCAAGUUUCAUGUAUAUACAUAUUGCUACACAUACAUGGCGUGAAAAGUGAACCCCCCCUGACAAUACAAAGCCAAUGAAAUUGGUAUCUCUGUGAAAGUGCAAUACUAGUCUUUUUUCAACUAUUAAUUUAACAUUGACACCAACGAUGUAUACUUUAGCUGUGGAAGUUCUGAGCAAUGUAAACUUUCUUACUUGGUGGUAGAGUAACUGCCUAGCAAGUAGAAGAUGUCAUGUUCUGCAACUUAUAUCUUACCAACAGCUUUAUAAAAUGGCCCCCAGGUAGGAGAUUUAUAAAGCUAGUUCUAACAAAUGACUGGUGAUCCUUUCUUUUUUUUUCAUUUCAUUUAUUGAUUCCACUUUUAAAACAAAUAUCAUAAUAUACAUAACAAAUGUAUUCAUACAUUACGUCGAACCCCGUUUGGAGAAAACUGCAAACUGCGGUAUUAGACCCCAAUUUGUGUUUGAAAUCAUUUCCAAGCCCUGGGGGCCGUUUCAUAAAGCUGUUCGUAAGUUAAAAGCGACUUUAAGUUUAAGAACGACUGGUGAUCAUCGCCAAUGGUGUGUACCAUUUACCGCAAGACAGGAUCACCAGUCGCUCUUAACUUACGAACAGCUUUAUGAAACACCCGCCUGAUCAACCCUGCUUGGCCAGGUAAUCCCGCCGUCUCACCACAGGCCAGAUUAUGAGCGUUGGGCCAGGGACGAAAUGAUAAGCAACAGCUGUGCUAUUAGGUAAAAGACUUAUCUGCCUGUAGUAGGACCUUCGGAAUGAAAUUAUUGUAUUCGAUAUU